CGACUCUCGGCUGUUCUCGUGCGUUACCAUUGCACGUCGAGACGAAAAUCCACUUUCUAUUGAUUGUGCAGGUGAAUUUUUCGAAUCCCCGAGCAUCCCAAAGGCAUCCCACGAAAUGUCGCUGUUUGGAUUCAUGGGCGACGAAGAUGUCUUCAAUAUGUUCGGGUCGACCAUGCGUAAUACCAUGAGGCAGAUGAACAUGAUGAACACCAUGUUCCCCGAUCCGUUUGACAUGAUAGGCCAGAACAGUCUUAUGCCGCACAUCCAUACUAAUCUGCCAGUUUCUCUGUUCGCUCCUCACUUUGGAAGAUACGAUUUUAACAACAUGGCAGCGGCGGCGGCGGCGGGUGGUGGACAAAUUCCAAGUUGUCAUUCGUUCAUGAGCCAGUCGGUAAUGACCAUGUCUAGCGGUCCCGAUGGUCGGCCGCAGGUUUAUCAGGAGACCAUGUCUACAAGAAUGGCACCCGGCGGCAUCAGAGAGACUAAAAAGACCAUGAGCGAUUCUCGUACCGGAACCAGGAAGAUGGCUAUUGGUCAUCACAUUGGCGAGAGGGCACACAUCCUUGAGCGAGAGCGAAAUAUGCACGGCGAUGAGGAAGAGCGGCAGGAAUUUAUUAAUCUUGAAGAGGAGGAAGCAGAGAGUUUCAAUCACGAGUGGCAAACGCGCACUCGUCGCGUUGCUGGUGCGAUUGAUGGCGCACACUCAGCUGCUGCUACUAACAGGGUUAAUCCAGAGCCGAGGCAAUUAGCUUUACCAUCCACCACAGAUCUACCAGCCAGUCGACAUUCAAGUAGACGAUGGAUACCCUCUUCUAGACGUGCUAUAAGGUCGUUAAAUCCUUUGAAAACAAAAAACUCGUCCCCCUCUUCAAGCUUGAAGUCUCCGGAACCGGCAGCGUCUUCGAGGGCCGAACCGUCACUGACAUCGCAAGCUACGUCUGGAUCCCGAAAACGCGAACAUGAGCCGGAUAGACAAGUUAGUAAUAAGCGUCACGCUGUUUCCACUAGCGACAACUAGAAUAUCUCCGACUACUAUUCGUAAUGUACUUUACUCUACCCCUUAUUAUGAGAGCCUCGAGUAACGAGGCUUACUUUAAACGGACUAGAAAUAUAUUUUCCUUCACAAUCAUUAACGUUCUGAGAAAAUUGUACGAUUAUUUUUUCUAAAAGUUAUUAUCUCACUCGCCCACACGAAGCUUUAUUAUUUUGGUACGUGUAACACUAUUUAAACCAGGUCCAGUAAGACGCUGCAACGUUAUCUCUUUUUUUUUAGGUACGAGAAUAAAAUAUUUAUUUAAAUAGAUCUGUAGAAUCUCAGUUGCAUGUCGAGAGUAUUAAGGAAAUAAAUGUAAACUUUUUUAAUAUUACAUACAGGUCGAACCUUUGCCGUUAAUCAACCAAGGCAACAAUUUUUGAUACGUUACUUUCAUAUGUAUUCUGCCUCUUAAAAUACUAUAUUUAUUAUUAUGUAAUCACAGAUAUCGCAUUCAUCGAUAGUUGAUCGGUUUUGCUAGUUUCAUUAUUGUAAGGAUUAAAUAUGUUGGAAAGUGUAAAGGGAAAUACAAAUAAAUUUCUUGUUUCAAAUGCA